CGGUACGUCUGCUGUUAAAGUUCUUUUUCUAACAUCUGUGCGUCUAGCUGUUUGUGGUGUUAUCGCGUAUUUUGAUACCAGUAGAGGAUGUCGUUCGUCAAGAUCCCGGAUGCUGGUGGAGAGACGCUUAGACUCCUGGAAGUGGACGGCAAUCUGUAUCCUCCCUCUUCCGUCGAAGUCGUCAAGGGUAUCCCCGACCUCACCAUCAGACCGGACGACGUCUUUGUCUGCGCCUACCCUAAAUGUGGCACCCACUGGGUGUGGGAAAUGGCCCGGCUGCUUCUCUCGGGCGAAACGGAGGCCGUUAUAGAGAAGGAUGAACUGAUGCUAGAGUUCAUCGGAAACGAUGCUAUACAGAAGUUUCCAUCCCCGCGAAUCUUAAACACACAUUGUCUUGUUGAACAACUGCCGCGUGGUGUGUUUGAGAAUAAGAACAAAAUAAUCUACAUUCUUCGAAACCCCAAGGACAUGGCAGUUUCGUUCUACCAUCACCACAAAAAACUACCAGAUUACGGAUAUAAUGGAAAAUGGGAGAAUUAUUUCCCCACACUGAUGGACGGGAAAGUUGACUUCGGGUCGUUUUUCACCUACCUCAAGGACUGGGAUGCGGUUGGGAGAACCCGUCCUGAAUUGCCGGUGGUGACACUUGUGUAUGAAGAUCUGAAAGAGGACCCACUUCCCGGUAUAAGAAAGCUAGCAAAGUUUCUGAAUUGUGAGAAAUCAGAGGAAUUCUAUCUCAAAAUAAAAGAGUUGACGAGUUUCAACAAAAUGAAGUCGGCGAAAGGCAAAAUCAUAAAAGCAACUGACGGCGCAUCAGUCAUGUACAGAAAAGGUGAAGUUGGCGACUGGAAAAAUCAUUUCACUGUGGCCCAGAAUGAGCUAUUUGACAGGACAUACAAGGAGAAAAUGGCUGAUUGCGACAUAAAGUUCCGAUACACGUUGUAGUACGGACGUAAGGAAAACACAACCAUGGGUAAAACAAAUGCACACUUAUUUACACGAGAACUUGAAACGAAUGACAGCAGAUUACUAAAGAAUUAAACUGAAUUAAUUACGUAAAGGUAUACAUGUACUGUAUUUUUAUAAUUAAUUUAAAUCAAUACGACUGAUUGUGCUUAUCCAAGUAUUCGGGAUUUUACUGGUUUACCUAUCAAACACUUUUGUACAUAUUUUUAUACAGCUUGUUUUCGGAAUUUGAGAUUUUAUUGAAUUACAAUGUCCACGAGUUUAUACCUUGUUUAGCCUAUUUUCAACGUAUAUUUGUUGGCUUGUAUAUACCGGUACCAUAUGUGCAUGCGUACGUGCAUUGCGUGCAUUGCGUGCAUUGAUUGAAUAAAUAGGACCGUGUGCUUGUAACACACGUUAUAUUUGGGAUUACUCUUUCUAAGCAAAGUACAGAUUCUUGUACUGAGUCCCACGAGAGAUUCGAACCCACACCCUCAGAGUCAGGCACCUAGUCGCCAUCACACAAAA